UGUUUUGCAAACGCAUCUCUUCUCUAAUCUCUGUGCUGCUGAGGGAGAAGAACACACUGUGCUACUGUACCAUUCUGAGGUUCGAUGGCUUUCACGUGGAACAGUGUUGUCACGUGUGUUGGAAUUACGCACGUCUAUUCUGGAGUUUUUACUUCUCCAAAAGCGCACAGAGCUGGCUGCACUUUUCAGUCACCAAACUUGCAUAUCUUGCUGACAUUUUCGCUGAGCUGAACAAACUUAACAGUUCUAUGCAAGGUCGCAAUGCACAUGCUAUUCAGCUGUAUGACAGAAUGGAAGGCUUUCUCAAAAAAAUCAGAAGAUGGAGGGAGCGCAUCGGGGAGGGAAUAUUUUCCAUGUUUCCAUCAGUGGAUGAGCUGGGGGAUUCUACUGUGCUCUCGCCUCCUGUAACACGCGCAAUUCUUGCGCACUUGGAAGCGCUUGAGGGACAGUUUAGGAACUACUUUUCUGAGGCUGACUCCUGGCGGAGGGACAAGACAUGGAUACAGUUUCCAUUCAGAGACAACGCAGCAGAGGACACACGCCUGACAGUGACAGAGGAGGAUCAGCUCAUCGAACUAUCCACUGACAGUACGUUCAGAAACGUAUAUGAAACUAAACCACUCACCCAGUUCUGGAUCUCUUGCCAGAAAGACUUUCCACAAUUGGCAGCAAAAGCUAUGAUGAGCCUUUUGCCCUUUGCAACAACAUAUCUUUGUGAAAGUGGAUUUUCCUCACUCACCUACCUGAAAAACAGAUACAGGUCAAGACUGCAGCUUGAGGCUGAUAUGACCCUCUGCCUGACGACCUCCAUCCAUCCAAGGUUAGAUUCGACUGAGAAUCCUCAAGACGUUGUGAACAAAGAGGGGAAGAGAUCUUGAGCCCCGUUUGGAACCAAUCAUCCUCACUACAACCAUGACAGUCCUCAUCACGGGUUUCGUGACUUCAUUGUUGCUCGGGGCAGGGCUACCCGCCCGAGCCUUCGUGACUACUUCAUCUGUGCUUGGGGCAGGGUUACCCGCCCGAGCCUUCUGGACCACUUCAUUGCUCGGAGCAGGGUUACCCGCUCGAGCUGGACUUCGAGACAACAUCUUCUGGACUAACUUCGCUAACUGGACUGCACAAGCGCACACCACACGAAUGUGUUAUGUCUGUCAUCUGAUACCGUUUUCUACUAUUAUUACACAUCUCUAUGCUCUGAAACUCUGUAUUCUUACAGGACUCUGUUCUCACUAUAGGUCGAUAUGCCUUCUAAUUUCAUUUUUCCCCUCACUGUUUUAGAACAAAUUACUCUGAAGGAAGUAGCGUGUAUUUGGGACGAAUUAAGAGGUUUUGAGUUUCUCUAAGCUCCGGUGAGGUGGGACGAGGGCUGAUUGGGCAUGCCCGCCCUCUGAGCACCAAUAUACGUCAAGAAGGGCAAAGAUUAACUCAAGAUUAAUUCUCGAUCUAAUCACAUAUAUGAUCAUGAGGUGAUAAUAUAUGGUCCUAGGAUUUGAUAAUAGUGAUACUAUUAUCAAAGGGGGGGAUUGUUAGGUUUAUAUAAGUAUUAUUCUUGACCAAGAAGGCAGUAAUUUAUUAAAACGGUGACAAAAUUAAGGAUUAACUUCGGUUCAGUUAAAAAUGACCUUCUGUCUCGGCUGGACAUUGUUUGGGAACAUUUUGUUUAUUUUGAUAUGAAAUGUGUAUUUUUGAUCAGAGAUGUCUGAACGACACCAAGGUCUGUUUUGAUGUCAGAUCGACCCACACACACUUUAAUGUUGGAUGUAAUGGUAGCCUUAUUGCUGAACAAAGAGUUAAGACUUUAUAUUUUUGGAUUAUUGCAUAUACUAUGGCAGUGAUUUAAAUUUAAUUGUUAGAUCUAAGAUGUAUUCAAUGAUUUAAGUUAGUUUUAUAGUUUUAAGUUAGUUUUAUAAUUACAGAAUAUAAUUUAGGGUUGUUAAGACCUUAUGAUUCUAAUGUUAAGACUUCAUGAGUUUAAUCCUGAAUCCUGUUUGACCUUUCUCUGGUGAAGUAGCAUUUCCAGACAUAUUCUUAUUUUUCGUAUGACUGUCUUUUAGGUUUGUUCUUAUUUACUUAUAACAUAUCUUUGUUGAAAGAUUCCGUAUGUGCGUAAGCAAUGACCUUGUUAUGAUUAUUUGACCUGCCCCAAGAUCAAGCUGCUCACUUGCUCGCAAGUCAACCACACACACAUACAUCUGAACACUCCAUCAGAACAGUGAUGUAAUUAAAAUGUGACCUCCUCACACACACACACAUAGACACAGAUAUCAAAAUGAUGUCACUUACUCACACCCUCCCAUAGACAGACACACACACACACACCCUUCUCCGAGGUCACAUACAAACACACACACACAUUCGACAGACCCAGUAGCCGUUUGGAGAGAUUAUGAUUUGUUAUAAAAGGUGUUUGUAAUCUUUCAUCUUUGGCGAGAAUACUGUGAAUAAACAGCAGU